AUUUUAAAUUUAUGUAUAUAAAGGGCUAAGGGCAGUUGAAGAACACGUACAAACAAUAUUAAUAGAAAUAAUUCUGACACUAAUUGGGAGCAUCAGUGAUCAGCAUACAUCUAUAUCUAUCUAUAUAUGCAGAUGCCCAUUGCAUCUUCUUCCUCAGAAAGCCAAAACACACAACUAGCUCUCUAUAGCUAGAAGAAUUCGAUCUUACACAAUGGAAGAUGAUGAUAAUAAUAAGGUGGUUGAUGUCGCUGGAAAAGCAGGGAAUAAUAAAGAGAAGAAGAUUAAAACAGGAUCGAUUGGAACAAUAUUUAUGCAUGCAGAUGGUAUAGAUAUAUGUUUAAUGGUUCUUGGUUUUCUUGGAGCUGUUGGUGAUGGAUUUGGUACACCAGUCAUGUUAUAUAUAACAAGUAAAAUUAUGAAUAAUCUUGGUUCUGUUGGUCCGUCUGAUAUUAACGAUCCUAAUCAAGUCUUUCUUAAGAAUAUCACCAAGAAUUCAAUUGGUCUUUUAUACCUUGCCGUUGCCAAUUGGUUUGUUUGUUUCUUGGAGGGAUAUUGCUGGUCAAGAACCGGAGAAAGACAAGCAACAAGAAUGAGAGCAAGAUAUCUAAAAGCAGUUCUCAGACAAGAUGUGGGCUACUUUGAUCUACAAGUAUCUAGCACUUCAGAAGUUGUCACCAGUGUUUCCAACGAUUGUCUUGUCAUCCAAGAUGUUCUCAGCGAGAAGGUACCAAAUUUCUUGAUGAAUGUGGCAAUGUUCACUGGAUGUUACUUGGCAGCGUUUUUGCUAAUGUGGAGACUGGCAUUAGUAGGAUUUCCUUUUGUUUUACUGUUGGUGAUACCAGGUUUGGUGUAUGGGAAGAUAUUACUGGGAUUAACAAGAAAGAUUAGAGAGGAAUAUAAUAAAGCUGGUACACUGGUGGAACAGGCUAUCUCUUCGAUCAGAACUGUUUAUUCAUUUGUUGGUGAGCAGAAAACAAUGGAUGAAUUUUCAGAUGCACUCAAUGGUUCAGUGAAGUUGGGGUUGAAGCAAGGUUUAGCCAAAGGUGUUGCAAUUGGAAGUAAUGGAGUUAGUUUUGCUGUUUGGGCUUUUAUGUCUUGGUAUGGAAGUAAAUUGGUUAUGUACCAUGGUGGUGAAGGCGGUACUGUUUUUGCUGUUGGUGCUGCAAUUGCCAUUGGAGGACUGUCCCUAGGAGCUGGACUACCAAAUUUGAAGUACUUCUUUGAAGCAGUAUCAGCAGGAGAAAGGAUGAUGGAAGUAAUAAAAAGAGUACCAGAAAUAGAUUCAGAUAACAUGGGAGGUGAAAUUCUGGAAACAGUUUCCGGAGACGUCGAAUUCAAGAAUGUGAAAUUUGCAUACCCAUCCAGAAAGGAGACUUCAAUCUUUCAAGAUUUCUGUUUAACAGUUCCUGCUGGGAAAACAGUAGCUUUAGUAGGAGGCAGUGGUUCAGGAAAAUCUACUGUAAUUGCGUUGUUGGAAAGGUUUUAUGAUCCUCUUGGUGGUGAAAUUUUACUUGAUGGUUUUCCCAUUGAUAAACUUCAACUCAAAUGGUUAAGAUCCCAAAUGGGUUUAGUUAGUCAGGAACCAGCUUUAUUCGCCACAACUAUUACCGAGAAUAUACUUUUCGGAAAGGAAGAUGCUACUAUGGAUGAAGUCAUUGCUGCUUCAAAGGCUGCAAAUGCUCACAACUUCAUCUCUCAACUGCCAAAAGGUUAUGAUACUCAGGUCGGAGAAAGAGGGGUGCAAAUGUCUGGAGGGCAAAAACAAAGAAUUGCAAUAGCAAGAGCUAUAAUAAAAUCCCCAAAAAUUCUCUUAUUAGACGAGGCAACCAGCGCGUUAGACUCCGAAUCCGAGAGAGUUGUGCAAGAAGCGCUGGAUAAAGCAGCACUCGGUCGAACUACAAUCGUAAUUGCGCAUCGCCUCUCUACGAUACAUAAUGCAGACAUUAUAGCUGUUGUGCAAAAUGGAAAAAUUGCCGAAACCGGGUCGCAUUACGAGUUAAUCGAAGAUGACAAUGGGUUAUAUACUUCACUUGUUAGGCUUCAGCAGACAGAAGAAGCAACGAUAGAAGAUAGACAAAGAAGCUCACAAUCAUCAUCACACAUUACAGACAAGGAUAGUCAUGUUGGCUACAGCAGCAGUAGUAGAAGAAGCAGCAGCUCUUCCAAUAGAGUAAGUCGAUCCAACUCCGCUAAAGGUGAUAACGACGACGGCGAUGAUUAUGAGAUAAAAGAAAGGAAGGAACGUGAGUUCUCCGUACCAUCAUUUAAGAGAUUGUUGCUGUUGAAUUUACCAGAGUGGAGACAAGGGAUUGUCGGGUUAACGAGUGCGGUUCUAUUCGGUGCUGUUCAACCUGUUUACUCGUUCGUCAUGGGGAGUAUGAUUUCGGUUUAUUUUCUGAUUGAUUUCGAUGAGAUCAAGUCAAAAACAAGGAUUUACGCUUUGUUCUUCGUCGCAUUGUCCAUUUUCUCGUUGAUUAUUAAUAUCUGUCAGCAUUAUAGUUUUGCUGCCAUGGGUGAGUACUUAACAAAGAGGAUCCGAGAGAGAAUGUUGUCCAAAAUUCUGACCUUUGAAGUUGGUUGGUUCGAUCAAGACGAAAAUUCUAGCGGCGCUAUUUGCUCCAGACUUGCCAAGGAUGCUAGCGUGGUGAGAUCAUUAGUCGGUGACAGGAUGGCACUUCUGGUGCAAGCCUUUUCUGCUGUCAUCAUUGCUUGCACAAUGGGUUUGGUCAUUGCAUGGAAGUUAGCUAUUGUGAUGAUUGCUGUCCAGCCACUGAUCAUUGUGUGCUUCUACUUGCGUCGUGUCCUACUAAAAGCCAUGUCUGGAAAAGCCAUUAAAUCACAAGACGAAAGCAGCAAACUCGCGGGAGAAGCCGUUUCCAAUCUCCGCACAGUCAGUGCCUUCUCUUCCCAAUCUCGAAUUCUCGAAAUGUUCGAUCGAGCACAAGAUGGCCCGAGAAGAGAAAGCAUUCGGCAAUCAUGGUUCGCCGGGAUCGGUCUCGGUACAUCUAUGACACUAAUGACUUGCACUUGGGCACUGGAUUUUUGGUAUGGUGGGAAACUAGUUUCUGAGGGUGAUAUUUCAGCCAAAGCUCUUUUCCAGACCUUUUUUAUCUUAAUCAGUACAGGCAGGGUCAUAGCUGAUGCUGGCAGUAUGACAACUGACAUUGCUAAAGGAUCCGACGCUGUAGGAUCCGUUUUCGCAGUACUUGACCGUUACACUCAAAUCGAGCCUGAAGACCCAGAGGGUAACCAACCGGAGAAUUUAUCCGGGCACGUAGAGAUCCGAGAUGUUCAUUUUGCUUACCCUGCAAGACCAGAUGUUAUGAUUUUCAAAGGCUUCAGUAUCAACAUUGAAGCCGGUAAAUCAACUGCAUUAGUAGGCCAAAGUGGUUCCGGGAAAUCAACCAUCAUCGGGUUGAUUGAGAGAUUCUACGACCCGUUGAAAGGAUCGGUGCGAAUUGAUGGCCGAGACAUAAGAACAUAUCAUCUCAGAUGUCUGAGGAAAUACAUUGCACUGGUAAGUCAAGAACCAACUCUAUUCGGAGGUACGAUCAGGGAAAACAUCACAUACGGAUCGUCAGGUAAAGUCGAGGAAACGGAGAUUGUAGAAGCGGCACGCGCAGCAAAUGCUCAUGAUUUCAUCGCAGGAUUACAAGAUGGGUAUGAUACAUGGUGCGGAGACAGAGGACUACAACUGUCGGGAGGACAAAAGCAAAGAAUUGCAAUAGCUCGUGCGAUACUAAAGAAUCCUGCAGUUUUGCUGUUAGAUGAAGCUACAAGUGCACUUGAUAGUCAGUCCGAGAAAGUUGUGCAAGAUGCAUUAGAAAGAGUAAUGGUUGGUCGGACGAGUGUUGUCGUAGCUCAUCGAUUAAGUACCAUUCAAAAUUGUGAUCAAAUUGCUGUACUGGAGAAAGGCACGGUUGUGGAACAAGGAACACACUCUUCUCUUUUAAGUAAGGGUGAAAAUGGAGCUUAUUUUGCUCUUGUUAAUCUACAACGAACCAAAUAGGAAUAAAUAAACAAGCAGUGUACUAUAUGUUUUCAUCUAUUUGAUUCUCUUUUUUGUGUACUCACUUCGUUUCAGGAAAAGUGAUAUUUUCACUAUUUCAA